GGUCGCAGGUCGGGAUCUGAGAUCGGAGCAGUAAUGUGUCGGAUAUGAGCCAGUCGGGGCGGGGUCGGACACACAGCGAACAUGGCGUGGAGCAGCAGAGGAGCAGCGUGGAUCUUUCUACACGCGUGGGUACGGUUCUGUGUGCUGGACGUGCCGGAGGUGCUGAGCGAGGAUCCGGGAGGGUUCAGUCUCACCCCUCCGUACUUUAACCUGGCUGAAGGGGCUGCGGUCAGCGCCACAGCCACCUGCGGACAGGACGAGUCCGGAGCACCCAGGUCUGACCUGUACUGCAAACUGGUCGGAGGACCCACGCUGGGCUUCACCAGCCAAACCAUACAGGGUCAGUACUGUGACCAGUGCAACGCCAAUAUCCCUGACAAAUCUCACCCAGUGAGCAACGCCGUCGACGGCACAGAGCGCUGGUGGCAGAGCCCGCCGCUCUCCAGAGGCCUGCGGUACAAUGAGGUGAACGUCAUGCUGGAUUUGGGUCAGCUCUUCCAUGUGGCGUACGUCAUUAUUAAGUUUGCUAACUCUCCACGGCCAGAUCUGUGGGUGCUGGAGCGCUCCGUCGAUCAUGGCCAAACCUUCAUGGCGUGGCAGUAUUUUGCACAUUCCAAAAAGGAUUGUAUUGAGAUGUUUGGGCAGCAGCCCAACAGUCGAGUCGUUCAGGAUGAUGAGCAGAUCUGCACUACAGAGUACUCACGGAUCGUUCCCUUAGAAAACGGAGAGAUCGUCGUGUCCCUGGUGAACGGUCGGCCUGGAUCGCUGAACUUCACCUACUCUCAAGCUCUGCAGGAUUUCACCAAGGCCACCAACAUUCGGCUCCGGUUUUUACGGACCAACACGCUUCUCGGGCAUCUGAUCUCCAAGGCUCAGAGAGACCCCACCGUAACACGCAGGUACUACUACAGCAUUAAAGACAUCAGUGUGGGGGGUCGGUGUGUUUGUCACGGCCAUGCCCAGUCGUGUGGAGUCCGCGUACCAGGAAGCUCUGAUCAACUUCUCUGUGAGUGUCAGCACAACACCUGCGGCGAGUCGUGUGACCACUGCUGCCCCGGGCACAACCAGAAGCCGUGGCGUCCAGCGACCAGCCAGAGUCCUAACGAGUGCGAGCCCUGCCAGUGCCAUUCUCAUGCCGCCGACUGUUAUUAUGAUCCCGAGGUGGAGCGCAGAGGAGCAAGUUUGAACAUACACGGCAGCUACGAAGGUGGAGGCAUCUGCAUCGACUGCCAGCAUAACACAGCUGGAGUGAAUUGUGAACAGUGCGUCGUGGGCUACUACCGGCCGAGUGGAGUUCCACCGGAGUCGCCGACCGGCUGUAUACCUUGCCGGUGUGACAGCAGGACCUCACUGGGAUGUGAGAUGGGAACCGGUCGGUGUCUGUGUAAGCCCCAGUACAUUGGAGACUACUGCGACCGCUGCUCAAGCGGCUACCGCGACUUCCCACAAUGCAUCCCCAUCCAGAUCACCCCUGAUCCUGACGCUGGUAACAUUGUAGUUUGUCCUCUGGGGUUUUUUAAGGCGCCCGACUGUAAACCGUGUGAUUGUGAACGUGACGGUACACUACCAGAGAUCUGCAGCACGACCGGACGCUGUUUAUGCCGUCCCGAGGUCACAGGAGAGCGAUGUGACCGCUGCCGUCCAGGCUAUUACUACUUUCCGUACUGUCAGGCGUGUCUGUGUUCACAGGAGGGCUCUCUUGAUAGGUCAUGUGAUGAGACCGGUCAGUGUGUGUGUAACCCUGGUGUGACCGGACAGAAGUGUGACCGCUGUGUUGCACCAGACCAGGACUUUCCUCAUUGCUCAGAUUCCAGCGGCUGCAAUCUAACAGGAUCGGAGGUUGGCGUUAAAGAUCCAUUCACGGAUUCUUGUACCUGCCAGACGAUUGUAGACGGAUCUGAGUGUGAUCACUGCAAACCACUUUACUGGAAUCCGGAUCCUGGAAACCCAGAGGGUUGUGUUGAGUGCAUGUGUGAUACUAGAGGGACUCUGAGCAGCGUGGGGGAAUGUAGAGAGGAAAGCGGUGAAUGUUUCUGCAAGCCCAACGCUUGCAGCCACGCCUGCGAUACAUGCAAGGACGGCUAUUUCCUCCUCCAGGAGAGGAACUAUUUUGGUUGCCAGGGCUGUCAGUGUGACGUGGGUGGGGCCAUAGGGCGUGGCUGUGAGGAGCAGACAGGGCAGUGCCAGUGCAGGAAACACAUGCGUGGCCGUACGUGCUCCGAACCCGAACCAAACUUCUACCUCCCGGACCUUCAUCAUUUAAAGUUUGAGGCGGAGGACGGCGUCCUGCCCAACUCCAGGCCUGUGCGUUUCGGGUACGACCCAGAAGAGUUCCCGCACUUCAGUUGGAGGGGGUACGCCGUGCUCUCUCCGGCUCAGAAUGAAGUGUGUGUAAGCGUGCAUGCUAACGGGAUCCAGCGGCCGCUCUUCCACAUGCUGCUGCGCUACUCCAACCCCAGCGGAGCCGGUGUGAGCGGCCGAGUCUGCGUCUCCCGCACCCGCGGACUGUCAGGGUCUAGAGAAAGUAAAGAGGUGGUGUUUCCUCCUAGCCCUUCACCUUCUUUCCUCACUGUUCCCGGAGACGGAUUCGCCCAGCCUUACAUGUUCAGCCCCGGAAAAUGGACUGUGUGUGUGCAAGCUGAGGGUGUGCUGCUGGACUACAUCGUGCUGCUGCCCAGUGCGUACUACGAAGCUACAAUUCUGCGAGAGGAAAUCACAGAUCCAUGUACCUACCACACCAAGAGCGGCAACUGUCUGCUUUACAAACACGUGCCGAUGGAGGGGUUUCAGUCGGUGCUGGCAUCCCAGGGUGAAGGUGGACGCCUACAGCAGCCCACGGCUGACCACCCGGAGCUGGUGUCCGUCGACAGCCGAGAGCUGAGGCUCAUGCUGCACGUUCCUGAGUCUGGAUCACAUGUUCUGGUACUGGAGUACGCCAGCGAGGUGGACGCCAUCCAAAGCGUAGAUGUGUCCAUUGGUGGACAACCACAGGACCAGGUUCGAACCAGGACCAGCAUUUACAGCUGUGCUUACAGCUUCCUGUGUCGUUCUGUGGUGGUCGAUGGACAGAAUCGCGUCGCUCACUUCCUGCUUCCUCCCAGAGCCGAGAUUCUUCUGCGGCCCUCCAGUCCCUCGGUCCUGCCGUAUCGAUUGUAUGCUGUUCCUUCUAAUUCCUUCAACAUGGAGCUCGUCCAGCCCAAAGUUUUGUGCAUCUCAGUCCAUGGAAGAUUCACUGAGGACAGUACACACUGCGUCCAGGGUCGGUUCCACACUCCUCCCACUGCAAUCGUGGUAGACGCCUCUUCUGUGACCCGACCGUCUGGAUUCGCUCCUCAGAUGUUGGGGCGCUGCAGCGGGCCUCUGCUCAAAUCCCCACAGACUGAGGUGGAGCUGAGGACGCAGGUACCCCAGGAGGGCCGGUACACAUUCAUAGUUCACUACUGUCAGCCCGAGCACCCCACUUUCCCUGUGGAGGUCCUGCUGGAAGCGGGAAGGACCUGGACAGGUCAGAUAAACGCCUCGUUCUGUCCCUCGGUGUCCGGCUGCAGGAGCGUAGUUAUAGCAGACAGACGCAUUUCUCUGGACGUCCUGAGACAGACGUUAUCCAUCACCCUGAGAAUCCCAGAUGGAAAAACUCUCUCUCUGGAUUAUGUGCUGGUGAUUCCUGAGGAGGGUUACAGUCCUGAUCUUCUGACUCCUGAAGCUCUGGAUGAAGCUCCAGAUUUCAUUAAUCAGUGUGGAGAUCCAAACGUUUACACUGAUCCACGCCGGGACUCUGAGUUUUGUAAGAGUUCGUCUCGCUCUCUGGUCGCUCACUAUCUGGACGGCGCUCUGCCCUGCGGUUGUCAUGAAGCCGGAUCGACCGGGUCCAGCUGUGACCCGAUGGGAGGCCAGUGUCCCUGCAGGCCUCACGUGAUCGGCCGCCAGUGUACCCGCUGUGCCACCGGCUACUACGGCUUCCCGUACUGCAGACGAUGUGAAUGUGGACGGAGGCUGUGUGACGAGGUGACCGGGGAGUGUAUCUGUCCUCCUCAGACCGUACGUCCUGCCUGUGAUGUGUGUGAGAGUCAGACCUUCAGUUAUCACCCGCUGUUGGGCUGUGAAGGCUGCGACUGUUCCACGAACGGUAUCCGCCCAGGAGACAAGGGUCAGUGUCACGUCACCACCGGCCAGUGCACGUGUAAACCGAGAGUGGGUGGGCGUCAGUGCUCUCAGUGUGUAGCCGGUUUUUACCGUUUCCCCGACUGUGUGCCGUGUUCAUGUAACGCUGGUGGAGUGACGGCGCAGAUCUGCGACCCCGACACCGGCCGCUGCCUCUGCAAGAGUAAGGUGGAGGGGAGGCAGUGUGAUGAGUGCCGCGAGGGCUCGUUCCAUUUCGACCCCGCCAACCCUACAGGAUGCACCCAGUGUUUCUGCUUUGGAGUGACCGAUCAGUGCCGCAGCUCAGAAAAACGAAGGAAGAAGUUUGUGGACAUGAGCUCCUGGCGGCUGAUGACGGACGGUCAGAACGAGGUGCCGAACGUGUUGAACCCGCUCAGUAAUACAGUGGUGGCUGAUGUUCAGGAACUUUCUCCAGCGGUACAGCAGCUACACUGGGUUCUGCCUCCGUCGUACCUGGGUGACAGGGUGUCGUCCUAUGGUGGUUUCCUGACCUAUCAGACAAAGUCUUUUGGACUUCGGCGUGAAGGCAUGACUCCCCUCGACAAGCAACCUGACGUUCUUCUCAAGGGAGAGAAAAUGACGUUGGUGUACCAGGACCCUCAGUCGCCCCUGCCGGACAGGAUGUACGAGGGCCGCGUGCAGCUAGUGGAGAGCAACUUCCGGCACAGCGGCACCAACCGUCCGGCGUCCAGAGAGGAUUUAAUGAGGGUGCUGGCGCGACUGGACGCCAUGUGGAUCAGAGCUCUGUACUUCAGUAAUACUCAGAGACUCACUGUGGGUGAGGUGGGCCUGGAGGAGGCCAGUUCAGUGGGUACUGGUGCACCAGCCAGCAGUGUGGAGGUGUGUUCCUGCCCACCCGAGUACACCGGCGACUCCUGUCAGAGAUGCGCUGCUGGGUUGUACAGAGACCGGAAUGGACGCUGCGUACCCUGUGCCUGUAAUGGACUCUCAGACAGCUGUGAUGAGAGUACCGGAAGAUGUCUGGACUGUGAGUACAACACGGCCGGCCACCACUGCGAGCGCUGCAAGGACGGCUACUACGGCGAUGCUGCGAUGAGGACCUGCAGGAUCUGCCCGUGUCCACAUCGGCAGGGCGGCAACAAUUUUGCAGUGGGCUGCACUGAGGUAUCUGGACAGAUUCAGUGUCUGUGUAAACCCGGUUACAUGGGACAGAGAUGUGAGAGCUGUGCUCCUGGAUAUUAUGGAAAUCCAGAGGUUUAUGGUGGCAGCUGUCAGCCGUGCAACUGCAAUGGGAACUCCUGCUCCCCCAAGACUGGAGAGUGCACUAAUGGCCAGGACCCCAAAGACACCAGCACAGAGGGGGAAUGUAAAGAAUGUGACAGCUGUGCUCAGACCUUAUUUAACGAUCUGGAGAAGCUGGAUGAUGAUCUGAGUCGGAUCAAGGCUCAGCUGGAUGCCCUGAAUACCAGCUCUGCACUUCGGGAUCGACUGAAGGAGCUUGAGAAGGACAUCGCUAACACCAAGAAAAUGGUGACCAACUACACAACAACCAUCAACAACCUGAAGCCCAAAGUGACUGAACUGCAGCGGGACCUGGACGGUCUGACUCAGGACAUCAACCAGCUGAAAAGACAGGCUGAGAAGAAAUCAAAGGAGGCUGAAAAAGCUGUAAAGAACGUUGAUAACAGUCACAAAAAAGCCAAAGAUCUUCACAACCAGACGCUGGACAUGCUGAAGAAAAUUCAAGAUCUGCUGAAGCAGUUGAAGGAUUCCUCACAGGGUGGCGGGGGCGUGUCCUCUGGGGACGCCGCUAAACUCCUGAAGGAAGCCGAGCGCCUGGUAAACGAGAUGAAGAAACGGGACUUCAAACCUCAGCAAAACACAGCUGAAAAGGAGCUGGACGAAGCCAAGAAACUGCUUGAAUACGUGAAGAACAACUGCACCAAGCAGUUCGAGAAGAACCAGGAGGCAGCCGACAGGAUCAGAGAACAGCUGAAGAAUCACGAGGAUAAGCUGAAGGACCUGGAGAAAGCCCUGGCCGAGGCUAAGGACCUGGUACAGAAAGCUAAGAAGCAGAACACGGCCAAUUCUGAGACCCUCAACGAUCUGCAGGAUCGAAUUAAGAAUUUGGAGAAGGAGAAGAACAAUGUACAGAACGACAUCACAAUGGCCAAACAGCAGCUUAAAGAUACAGAAAACCUGCUGAAAAUGCUCCAUGACAGCAAAACGGAAUUCGAGCAGCUGGCUGCACAGCUGGACGGAGCGAAGACCGACCUCACUGACCGCGUGAACAACAUCUCCAAGGCUGCUGCGCUGGAGGGGCUGGUGAAGAAAGCAGAAGAUCACGCCGCUCUUCUCAACAAACUGGCUGAUGAACUUCAGAAGGCGGUGCAAAACUCCAGCGGCCGAGCCGACGUGAAGGACGCCCUGGCUGCCGUCGACGCCUACAAGAACAUCACUGAGGCAAUCAAGGCUGCAGAGGAGGCGGCUAACAAGGCCAAGGAAGCGGCAGAGAAAGCACUGAAUGACAUCAUUGCAGGUGAUGUACCCAAAAGAGCAAAAGAUCUGAAAGACGAAAGCAACAAACUCAACAAAGAUGCCAAAAAUGCUGAGAAAGAUCUGACAAAGCUCACCGAUGAUCUGAAGAACCAGCAGCAGCGCCUAAAGGAUGCAGAAAAGAAGAAGGCCGAUUUGGAGAAAGAUCUGAGCAAAGUGAACACUGAUCUCAAAGGCAUUCAAAGAGAUGACAUCGCUAAAAUGAUCGAUGAAGCUAAAGCCAAGGCGAUGGAGGCGAACACCUCGGCCAGCGACACCAUGGACAGACUGAAGGAUAUAAACAGAGAGAUCGACGCCUAUAAAGGGUUUAACGGCACCGGCGCUCCGAGUCAGGUCAACAUUGACAGCAUGCUUAAUGACGUGGAAAACACAGUAAAAAACCUGAGCAGCUCCUUCCCAUCCCUGCUGGAUAAAAUCAGUCAGGUGGAGAAGCUGAGCUCUGAACUGGAUCCCAACAACAACAUCUCAUCCAACAUCCUCCGCAUCAAAGAGCUGAUCGAGCAAGCGCGCGACGCUGCUAACAGGGUUUCUGUACCCAUGAAAUUCACCGGCUCUGAGCACGUGGAGCUGCGCAUGCCUCGAACCCUGGAAGAUUUACGAGCGUACACGGCUCUGAGUCUCCUCCUGCAGCGUCCGCUAUCCUCCGGCAGAGGGGACGACCGACGGCGCCGACGCCAGGCCGCCGGAGACGAUGGAAACCGCUUCGUCCUCUAUCUCGGCAACAAGGAUACUUCGAAGGAUUACCUGGGCAUGGCUCUGAGAAACAACAUCCUGUACUUCGUUUACAAGCUGAACGGGAACGUGAACGAGGUGCAGUCACUGGACAUUACCAGGUCGAAAUCGGAGCCCGCCUACUUCGACCGAGUGGAUCUGCGCAGAAUUUACGAGGACGCUGAGGUCAACUUCACGAAAUUAUUCACAUCCAGCUCACCAGACCCUCCAGAACGAAUCACCAACAGCGGAAACCCCAUUUAUAACCUGCUGGAUCUCCAUCCCAGUGAAGCCGUCUUCUACGUAGGAGGGUAUCCGGAUACCUUCACUCCUCCAGCCCCCCUGAAUUACCCCAAAUACAGGGGCUGCCUUGAGCUGUCCAUGUUGAACGAGAGGUUCAUCAGUCUGUACAACUUUAAAGCUUUAAGACCGGAGAACGUCACGCUGGAGACGCCGUGUAAGAGAUACGUCCCGUCCUCAGCGUACGAGUACUUUGAAGGUAGCGGUUACGUCAAAGCUCAGCCGGACAAGGUGCCCACGCCCAUCACCUUCUUCCAGACCAUCUUGUCUCGAGCCAAGAACGCCGUCCUCAUGUACAUUGGAAACCAGGAUGGCUUCUGCAGCGUUACUCUUGAGAAAGGUUACGUGGUUCUACGUGGAAGAAAUAAGGACACAAUGCUGGAGCCCAAAAAGAGCACCGCUCAGCAUGAUCUGAAUGGCGAGCUGAGGGUGGCCCUGGACUCCAGAAGGAGUAAGAUAGUCGUCCUAAUAAAAAACAAAGAGGUCGUCAGCGGUCAGUGCAAUGUUCAAACUUUCGACAGCUAUUACGUCGGAGGAAUACCCAACAGUUUACGAGAAAGAGACAACAUCACGGUGGCUCCUCUGAAGGGCUGUGUGACCAACAUGAACGCUGCCAACAGAGCGCCCACCAUCAGCGAAAAAGUGGGCGUGAGCCGAGGCUGUUCCAGCAGUUUACUGAUGGCUCGGAAAUCAGAGUUUAGCCCUGGCGGAUCGCUGGAAUCUCCACCCAGUGACUUCAGUCUGGAUGGAGAUGUGACGAUAUCACUGGGAUUCAGGAGCACAGAGAAGGACGGACUGCUGCUGCAGAACAAACAGGCUAACAAAGAGGUCGGGAUCUCGAUGGUGAAUGGAUACGUUAUACUGACCUAUCAGAACAGUUUAUGGAGAUCCAAAAAGCAGUACCAAGAUGGACAAUGGCAUUACGUCACUGUAAUCAAGAAGAGCACAACAACGGAGCUUCGAAUUGACGAAGACGAUGUCGGGGAGGAUAUCAGACAGUCUCCAGAUCUCAAGUUCUUGUCUGAUAACGUCGUUUUGGGUGGAGGUUCUCUCACAGGCUGCCUCUCCAAUAUCUACCUAAGAAGACCUGACACGAUACGACCAGAGGAUUUGAGCUUUUAUACAUCAUCAGGAGAUGCACUGGUGGAUUUGUGCUCCGCUGACCGUCCGCCCGAGAACAUAUGGGCCAGCAGCAACAGUAGCUUAUCUGGGAAGUGAUGAAGAUGAUGCUGUGAGAAUGGACUAACACGAGAUCAUCAGCUUUUCCUACAACCACUAAACUGUCUCGUCUUACACAUCCACUGCUGUCAUGUAUCAUCACUACUCAACGUUUUUCACUGACACGUACACGACUUAACCUUUACAUGAAUGAACACUAAAUUAUGUAGUAGAAUCAGUAGCAUAUAAAAGUGAUUUUUAAUGAUUUUACACUGUUUUUGUAUGAAUGGUGACACUGAUGUGUGUCAGAAAACUACUAAUAAAAAAUCUAACCAAAUACUUA